GUUCUUGUUUUGGCAGUUUGUUUCGGUAUUCACGGAUUGUCAGUCCACCAAGAAGGCGUUUUGUACUGGUUAACCACCACGAAGCUGCGAUGAUACUGACUCAGCAGUGAGUCUGUGUGGGCUGAUUCAGGGAGCUGGUAAGUGUAGUUUCACAAUGGCAGAUGGAGGCAGCGAUGAUGAUGUCAUUCACCUGGCAAGCUUCAACGUCCACCGCAGCCAAGGCUCCCGUUCACGUAAGAGGGAGCUCAUCACCAUUUCGGAUGACUCGGAUGAGGAGCCUCUGACUCUGGUACCUGCCAGCCCCGUUUUAGUCCCGGACGAUGCAGACGAUGACGACGUCAGCAUUUUGGAGCCGCUGACUCCUGCACGCAGACACGUGAUUCGCCCAGCAGCAAAAUGGAGCGGGGGCUUGCACAACCUAAUUCAAGUCGUAGAUCAUAGUAGCGCAACUUCUGGGGUUCCCACUGUGGACCCCGGCUCUGCCCCCUCUACCUCCAGAGAUGCCAAGGCCAGCUCCUCCACAGUAAGGCCAGCCAUACGGACACAGACUGCGGUGCAGUCUAGCACCUCCGGACACACACAUCCAGCACCUGGCUCCUCAUCACACGCACCGUCUCAGCCAAAACUUAACACAAACUCACAGGAGGACGGUACGUCAGCACACACGAAAGUGGAACUCCAUGCAGUGUCUAUCCAAACCCCAUCUACCUCCACAAACGCCAAGGCUAGCGCCAAUACAUCCACACCAGUACUUCAUCAGCCUCAGCCGAGCACAUCUGGACUCACACAGCCACAAGCUUCAGCACACGCAGUGUUGGAGCCCCAGGCGAGCACCUCUACCAGUGCCACACACUAUUCCUGUGCGGUUGCAUCAAAUUCUUCUGCAAAGACUCAAGAAAAAGCGAGUACAAGCGCUCAUUCACAAGACAAUCCUCAGGCCAGUACUUCUGCACACACACAGACACAGUCUCAGCCCGGUACAUCCACACAGCUCCAGUCCAGCAGGACCGCAAACCUGCAGCCCCACCUCCUCCAGGUGAAGGAGGUGAAACUAGUCGUUCUUCCCCAGCAGCCGAGCAUCCAAGCGUCCGCUCUCAUAACCCAACCCCAGCUGCAGCUCAGGCCCCAGAACCUGCUGCAGCCAGUGACGCUCCAUCGCAUGCAGGGCAAUCUCAUUCAGAUCGAGCCCCAGCCCCUGGCCCAGGCCCCCGCCCAGCCUGCAGCCCAGGCCCCUCAACCCCCUCAGGUCGUACCGGUCAUCCCCCCUGCAGUGCUAAUAGCUGCAGCCCCGGAGAGACUCGGACCUCCAGAGGCAGGUCACCGCAUCAUCCUGGGGAGCCAAGCGCCUGGGGAGGCUGUCCCCAAUCCUCCGCCGCAGGCCGGUGCCUCUGGUGUGGUCCUACCAGCCCGCAGCCUGCACAUCAGGGUGCCUAACAUGAACUCGAACCCUCCCGCUCCUCCAGCUACCACGGCUUCAGUCCCCGAAAAUGGGGGAGAGGCACGUCUUAUCCUGGCUCCAGCUCCAGAGAGGGUGAAUCCAGCCCUGGGUCUGGUCGCGGUCCCUCCUGCACCAGAGGACAUCCCCCGAAUAGAGGAUGCGCGGCCAGGUCCCUCUGCACCACGAGAGAGAGCAGAGCAGCAGCCGCUCGUCAGAGCCCUAAUCACUGGUGUUUUGGAUCUGUUCCCAGAUGUCCAAGAGGCCUAUGUAGCAGAACUGAUCCAACAGAAUAAUGUGAAAGACUUGAAUGUUAUCUGUAACCUGCUGUUGGAGAAUCCAGAGUAUCCGAGGGGGGACACCGCAGCAGCAACAGCAGCUCCCACCAGCAUCCUACUGGAGUCUGGAGACACCCAGACAGAGGUGACAGAGGACCUGUUUGACUAUGCCAAACUGGGCGCGGUGGGACCUGAGGCUGUGAUGCAGGCUGCUGACUUGCUCAUGGCAGAUUUCAGGAUGCUCAGCUGUCAGGACAUCAAAUGGGCCCUCAACGCUCUGAAGGGACACUAUGCAAUCACACGCAAGGCCUUAUGUGAAGCUCUGAAGAAGUGGCAAGAUUCAGGGGACCCCUCAGGAAAGAGACGACGGAGCAGAGCCUCCUCGGAGCGCUGCUACGUGGAUUUCCAUUUUGAGCACGCAGGUUCAGUAAAGUUUGACAAGAGGAUGUACUUCUUGGAGAAUGACCGUCGCUACUGCAGGACGUACAGCAAUCUGGAAGCUUCUGUGCAGAAGGAGCUUUCUUUCUAUCAGCAGAAAGCCAAGGAAUGGGCAGAGCACGAGGACUUCCUGCUGGCUCUGCAGGUCAAUGAGGACGAAUACAAGAAGGACGGCCAGCUGAUCGAGUGCGGCUGCUGCUACGGGGAGUUUGCGUUUGAGAAGAUGACGCAGUGUUCAGACGGCCACCUGUUCUGUAAAGAGUGCCUGGUCAAAUACGCUCAGGAGGCAGUGUUUGGCUCCGGAAAGUCGGAGCUGAGCUGCAUGGAGGGGGGCUGCCCGUGCUCCUACCCGGUGUGUGAGCUGGAGAAGGUCCUCCCGGAGAACAUACUGUGUAAAUACUACGAGAGGCAGGCGGAGGAGGCGGUCGCUGCCACCUGUGCUGAUGAACUCGUGCGGUGUCCAUUUUGCAAUUUCCCAGCCCUGUUGGACAAAGACAUGUCUCUGUUUAGCUGUCCCAACCCUCGGUGCCGCAAGGAGAGCUGCAGGAAGUGCCAUGUCCAGUGGAAGCAGCAUGUGGGGAAGACGUGUGAGCAGGUCCUGGAGAGGGACGAGAUCCGCAUGAGGGUGCUGUUCGAGGAGCGCAUGACGGCAGCUCGCGUGAGGAAAUGUGUCAAAUGCGGGACGGGCCUGGUCAAGUCGGAGGGCUGCAACCGGAUGUCGUGCCGCUGCGGCAGCUUCAUGUGCUACCUCUGCAGAGAGCCCAUCACCGGCUACAACCACUUCUGCCAGCACGCCCGCUCGCCCGGCGCUCCCUGCCGUCACUGCCGCAAGUGCUCCCUCUGGACCGACCCCACGCAAGACGAUGAGCGAAUCAUUCAGGAGAUCCAGAAGGAAGGAGAGGCAGAGCUGAAUAAGAAGACUGCAGAUAAUUCAGGGAAGAGGGUCGGCCCCCCUCCGGAGCCCAUCCCCGACGCCAAGCGGCCACGUGUGGGCCCGCCACCCGAAAACCCGCAGAACCCGAAUCCCGUUGCCCCUCCUCACCCGCAGGCGGUACAAGCUCCUCUGUUCGUGCCUCCACGCGCUCGCUACCCGCAGCCUCUGCCUCAGGGCAGGAUGUUAGUCAUUCCCCGGCAGCCCCCGGCCCCGUACGUGCCCCCCCUACAGCACCUGCCCCCUCUGAACAACAACAACAACAACAACCACCACCACCACCAUCACCACCACCACAACCCGCCCAUCAACCCUCAUCACCAAAACAUGGACAUGAUGGACCUGCCCAUGCACUACGGACCGCCGCACCGCUACUACAGACGCUUUUAACACACACAGACGCUCACUACGGUUCUACUUUUCAUUUCAGGGCUGUUUUUGAGAUGUAGUUUUGUAUCUUUUUCUGUGUGAGUCACUGUUUUCUACUCCUUCUCUGCAUCCGUUUUCACAGCUCGUGUGUGCUCUUGCGGAUUUCAAACCUGCCGCUCGACACGAAAGAACUCGUCGAGACGUCGAAACACGCUGAAAUGAUAAGUGCGCUGUGGACAGACACAUCCGGACACUUUGCCUUCUGCCGAAUUUGGGACUUCAAUAAUGGAUCGGAUCCCCACGUUACCUGUUCCUUUCUCUUUCCGUUUGAAUAAAUUUGGGGUUGAACUGAUGAACAGUUUAGAAUCUUGAGACAAUUUAUUUCCAGUUUAUACAGAUAUUUUUGAGAACAUAAUUGAAAAAAAUCAGUUAGCAUUCCCUUCUGUAUCUUUUGUGUAAUGUGUGAGACCACACAGUUUUCUAAUAAAGUGUCAAGGUCACAUUGAG